AUGUUUCACCUGAACCUUUCCAAGGCCCCGACCGCGCAGGAGGAGCUGAACUCUCCUCCCUCCAGCGCCUCGUCCCGACAAUACAGUGCCCGCAUCUCGGCCCAGAAGGAGAAGAACAGCAGCAGCAAUCAGCAGCAGCAGGCCGAGACCUCCGCCGCCUCGUCCGAGGCAGCCGGUAAGAAGCGCAAGGCCGCUGGGCCCCUCGACAACCCCCGCCAGAUGCAGAAGCUCCCCAUGAAGAGCACCGCCAAGGAGUGCGGCCGCAGCGCCCUACCCGACUUCUUCCUCCUCAAGCACGACCCCCGCGCCCAGGUCGGUGCGCCCUACGUCGCCCGGCUGGAGGAGUUGAAGCCCGCUUAUGUCAACCUCUGCAUCGAGCGGGGUGCCAUCCCCGGCGAUGCGCUCGUGCGCGUUGUCGACAUCAGCUACGGCGACGGACGGUACAUGAGCCAUGCCGUCGUCGACAUCGUUGACGAGCACCACCCCGGUGCGUCGUCCGACGCUGGCCCUUCGCCUCCCCGGGUGACCAGGUCUGCUGGUGGUCCCGAGCCUUCUGCUCGUCGCGGUGGGGACUGA